CUGAAGCAUUGGAGCUCUACAGCUCUUCAAAAGAGCUUUGAGAGCUCGACGCAGGAAUAUCCUCUUCUUUUCUCAUCAAGCUUCUCUCUGCCUCUACGCCUUUCCAGCCAGUCACACGACCCUUUAAAUCUACAUCAACAGACCAACAAGCACAUCAACUAUCACAAUGGCCUCCCGUAACGCUGACGCUGCUGCCAACUCCAACCCCGACGGCUUCCACGCCUCGGCUCCCAGAGAUGAGCCUCUGCUGUCCUCUGGUCACCAGCCUGGAAAGAUGGUCGGCAACGACGCUGCUCCUGAGUUCCACGCCCAGACCCUCCCCGCUGGCACCGCUCCUGCUGAGAGCACUUUCCAGUACAACAACGAGGCCGACGCAACCCCAGCCCAGGGCAAGGCCGCCGACUCUGCUUAAGAGCUUCGCGCUUUCUUCCUU